AUGCUCGCCAGGUCAGUUCUGAGGUCCUGCGGGCCUCUUCGCCAGAACUUCCGCACAUACGCGACCGACGCUCAGAAGCCUUCCUCCUCGUCGACACCGUGGAUCGUGGGCGCCGUUGCCGUGGGUGCAGGCGUCAUUGGGUACAACUUCCUCGGAUCCAACAGCAAGACUGCCGCCGCCCCCAAGCCCUCCGAGGAUGCGCAGGAGAUGGACAAGCAGGGCCCUGUGCCCGGGAAGACCUUCACUGGUGGCGAGCAGGGGUUCGUCGACCUGAAGCUCGCCGAGAUCAUCCCCUACAACCACAAUACCAAGCGGUUCAAGUUCGAGCUGCCGGAAAAGGAGCAUGUGAGCGGAUUGAAUGUGGCGUCUGCCAUCAUCACAAAAUUCAAACCAGCCGAUCAGGAAAAGCCUGUAAUCAGGCCCUACACGCCCAUCAAUGAUGAAGACGAGAAAGGCUAUCUCGAACUCUUGGUAAAAGUUUACCCCAAUGGACCAAUGUCGGAACACAUCCACAAGAUGAAACCCGGUGAAACGCUGUCGUUCAAAGGGCCCAUCCCCAAAUACCCCUGGGCGCCAAACAAACAUGACCACAUCACGCUUAUCGCCGGUGGCACGGGCAUUACGCCCAUGUACCAAUUGAUCCGCGCCAUCUUCAAGAACCCCGAGGACAAGACCAAAGUCUCACUCAUCUUCGGCAAUAUCAAGGAGGAGGACAUCCUGCUCAAGCAGGAGCUGUCGCAGCUGGAGAACGAGUUCCCUCAGAGGUUCCGCUGCUUCUUCACCCUGGACAACCCGCCCGACAGCUGGCCGUACGGCAAGGGCUUCAUCACCAAGGAAUUGCUGAAGGAGGUCAUCCCGGAUCCGAAGAGCGAGAACAUCAAGGUCUUCGUGUGUGGACCUCCGGGUUUGUAUAAGGCCAUCAGUGGAGCGAAGACGUCUCCGCAAGAUCAGGGCGAGUUGACCGGCAUCCUCAAGGAGCUGGGCUACAGCAAGGAUCAGGUGUUUAAAUUUUAG